AUGCUACAUGGAUCAAUGCAUGAGCAUUACAAGAAGGUUGGUGGUUACAUUGAAGCUUUGAAGUCGACAAUCCCGGGAACAGAUAUUGAAUUGGUCACAGAUCCAACCAAACAAACUAUUCCACCUGUUUUCCAGAGGCUAUUCACAUGUUUUGAAGGGCUGCAAAAGGGGUGGAAAUUGGGAUGCAGAAAGGUGAUAUGUAUCGAUGCUUGUUUUUUGAAAACUUUCCUAGGUGGUCAGUUGUUGGUUGCUGUUGGUCGAGAUGGGAACGAUCAGAUGUAUCCAAUUGCCUGGGCAGUUGCUGAGGGUGAGAACAACAAUUCCUGGGAAUGGUUCAUGAUCAAGCUUCAAAAGUGUUUAGACCUAGCUGAUGGUGAAGGCAUUGCUGUGAUUUCAGAUGAACAUGUUGCUAUAAUCAAUGCUGUGGCUUCAGUUCUCCCCAAGGCGGAACACCGACAUUGUGCGAGGCAUAUUUUUGCUCACUGGCACAAAUCAUUCAAAGGGGAUCAAAUGAAGCUGCUAUUUUGGAAAAUAGCAAAGGCAUACAACCUAGCUGAUUUCAAUGAUGCAGUAGAGGAGAUGAAUGCCAUUAAUGAGGAAGCCGUCACUGCAUUCAAGUCUUACAACCCUAAGCUAUUCUGUAGAGCUUACUUGGACAUCUCUAUGAAGACUGAUGCAAUCACAAGCAAUAUGGCAGAAACAUUCAAUGGCUAUAUCAUUAAUGCUAGGACUAAGCAUUUGAUAUACAUGUUGGAGGACAUCAGGAUUUCCUUGAUGCAGAGGCUGGUUGUCAAGCGGCAAGCGAUGCAGAAAUCAACUUCUACAGUGUGCCAAAGAAUUCAGGUGAAGCUUGAUCAGGAGAAGACCAAAGCUGCCAAUUGUGAUGUGAUUCCAUCAACUGACACUUUGUUCAAUGUCAACUACUAUUUGGAUCAGUUGGUAGUUGACUUGGAAGCAAAGACAUGCAGUUGUAGAAAGUGGAACAUGCUCGGUUAUCCUUGCUGCCAUGCCGUUGCGUGCAUAUACUUCCUCAACAAAGAAGCUGAAGAUUUUGUAGAAGAUUGCUAUAAAAGGGAAACAUACUUGAAGGCCUAUGCAGGUUCAAUACCACCCAUAGAUGGUGAAAGGUAUUGGCCGAGGGUAGAGUAUGGUUUAGAUCCCCCUCCCAUCAAAAUUGGGCCAGGGAGGCCUAGAGUAAACAGGAGAAAGGAUCCAAUGGAGGAUCCCAAGAAGCCGGGAACCUUGCAAAGAACCGGCAUGGAAAUGACAUGUAGUAUAUGUCAUGUUAAAGGCCACAACAAAAGACGGUGCCCCAACAAAGACACUGCCUCUGCCCCAACUGAACCACCACCAAAGAGGUCUAGAGGUAGACCAAGGAAGGAUGGGCAACCUCCUAUCUCUCACUCACAAGUGGCACAAUCAUCAACUGCUCACCACAAUGCAACUGCACAACCCACCCAACUUGGACGAGGCGGUAGGAUGUGCAGAGGUGGAGCAGGUUCAAGGGGAGGGAGGACAACAUCAAGGGGGGGGGGAGGACAACAUCAGGUAGAGGAUCAAGGGGAGGCAGGGCACCUUCAGGAAGAGGAAGGGGAAGAGACCAAGUUCCAAUUGGUGUUGGGGUGUAUUUUGCACCAGAUGGUUCAGCACACACCAAUCAAGGUGGCAGUUCUAGGCAUGUCAAUCACCAAGCAAGCCAAUCAAGCCAACUCUCUACACUGCACCAAGCAACUCAGUAGCAACUUCAACAAAAAAAAAAUUUGGUUUCCAGUAGAACUGUUUAUGUAUGUCAUUAGACAGUAGCAAGAUAGUGGUGUUUAUGCAUUUUCAGUUUACGUAUCCACUAAGUCGUAUUUUGGAUUUUGUCAACAUUGUCCCAUAUAACAUUGUCCCGUAUAUUAUGCCGUGUUUUGAAUUGUAUUGAUGAUAAUGAUUCUCAAAUAUAUAAGGGAAAUGUGUUUG